AUGAUGAAGCUGCUCGUCCUGGUCCAACUUCUGGCGCUGGCUCAAGCCUUUCUGGUCACUCCACCAGCCGUGUUCCAUGGUCGAAUCAAUAGUCCACUGUUUGCCGCCGAGAGCAUCGAGUUAGUCGAAGAAGAUGUCAAGGAACGCAUGGCCAAAUCGGUCGAAUCCGUCAAGAUGAAUCUCUCCACGGUGCGAACGGGACGUGCCAAUUCCGCCAUGCUGGACCGAGUCAAAGUGGCCUAUUACGGAGUCGAUACACCACUCAAUCAGUUGGCAUCCAUUUCCGUCUCGUCGGCACAGCAGCUCUCGGUAGAUCCCUACGAUAAAAGUCAAAUGGGGGAAGUGGAAAAGGCUAUUAUCGAGGCAGAUCUCGGAUUGACACCUACCAACGACGGGAACAUGAUUCGAGUCAAUAUCCCUUCCUUGACCGAAGAUCGUCGCAAGGACAUGCUGAAACAGUGCAAAGCCAUUGGAGAAGAAGGAAAAGUGGCUGUGCGCAAUAUUCGAAGAGAUGGAGUCGAUAAUAUCAAAAAACAGGAAAAAGCUGGAGAUGUCGGAGAAGAUGAAAUGAAAGAUGGACUCGAUGCCAUGCAAAAGAUUACCGAUGCUCAUAUCAAAGAUAUCGAUGAAAUUGUCUCGGCCAAGGAAAAGGAAGUGGCUACAGUAUAACGGAUUGAUUUUCAUUUUCACGCAAGCAGGUUUCAGGUGCUGUGGGAAUGCGUCAUUUCCACAAUCUAAAUACCGUGUUGUCGGUAUGGUUGCUGUUGACAGGAACCGCCAAGAAUGCACACUUGAGACUUGAGAAGAAACCACCACCACAUUAGCUAAAGUAUAACAAGAAAAGUACCAAAAAGAAUCUUUGCCCCUGCUUUUGAGCUUUGUUCGCUUUGAAGUAUCUCUGAAUCCA